GGAGCCAGUAAGACGUGUUUUCUGCCCUCUUUCUUUGAGUCUGCGACACGUUUUAAGUGCUCUUCCCCAAUUGACAACAGCAGCAGCAGAGAAACAAAAAAAAUAAACAAGAACCACCGUGACAAAAGUUGUUUGUGUUUUUAAAUCAGUUCUAGACACGAAAAGGCUUGAUGAAAAAUGCAAAAGAAUCCGAAACACUAACUAACCGACCGAAAACUUGACUUGAGUGUUGUUCGAAAAAUCGAGACAAAAGAAAACAAAUCAUAAAAAAAACUGCACGAAAAAAUGCAAAAGUUUCUAAUAUUCAAAAUUUUGCACAAGAAAUACAAAAUCAAUUAAAGUGAACUCUAACUAAAAGUUAAACGAAAAAAGCAAAACAAACCAGCGAAGAACAAUCAGAAGCAGAGAAGUGCAAACAAAGAGCAGGAAGGAAGGAAACGGAUAAGGACAAAAAGGAAGCCAGCGCUCACACACACACACCCUCACAAUGGCCGUGCCCUUUUAUUUGCCCGAGGGCGGCGCCGAUGACGUAGCUUCGAGUUCAUCGGGAGCCUCGGGCAACUCCUCCCCCCACAACCACCCACUCCCCUCCAGCGCAUCCUCCUCCACCUCCUCCUCGGGCGUGUCCUCCGCCUCCUCGGCCUCGUCCUCGUCGUCGUCCUCCGCCUCCUCGUCCUCGGACGGCGCCAGCAGCGUCGCCUCGCAAUCGCCGAACACCACCACCUCGUCGGCCACGCAGACGCCGAUGCAGUCGCCACUGCCCACCGACCAGGUGCUCUACGCCCUCUACGAGUGGGUCAGGAUCUACCAGAGCCAGCAGAGCGCCCCGCAAAUCUUCCAGUAUCCACCGCCGCCGAGCCCCUCUUGCAAUUUCACGAGCGGCGAUGUGUUCUUCCCCCACGGCCACCCGAAUCCGAAUCCGCACCCGCGCACUCCCCGCACCAGCGUGAGCUUCUCCUCCGGCGAGGAGUACAACUUCUUCCGGCAGCAGCAGCAGCAGCCGCAGCCACAUCCGUCGUAUCCGGCGCCAUCGACACCGCAGCCAAUGCCACCGCAGUCAGCGCCGCCGAUGCACUGCAGCCACAGCUAUCCGCAGCAGUCGGCGCACAUGAUGCCCCACCACUCGGCGCCCUUCGGGAUGGGCGGUCCCUACUACGCCGCCUACACGCCGCCACCCACUCCGAACACGGGCAGUGCGGGCACCUCCACCUCGUCGGCGGCCUUCGGCUGGCACGGCCACAUCCACAGCCCCCUCUCGUCGACAUCUACGCCCCUGUCGGCGCCAGUGGCGCCCAAGAUGCGCCUGCAGCGCAGCCAGUCGGAUGCGGCCAGACGCAAGCGAUUGACCUCGACAGGCGAGGAUGAGCGCGAGUACCAGAGCGAUCAUGAGACCAGUUGGGACGAGUUUGGCGAUCGCUACGACAACUUUACGGCCGGACGGGAGCGCCUGCAGGAGUUCAAUGGACGCAUUCCACCCCGGAAGAAGAAGAGCUCGAAUAGCCACUGCAGCAGCAAUAAUAAUCCAGUCUGCCAAAGCCAGCCCAAUAGUUCAUCCCAUGAGGAGAGCGGUGCCACCAAUAGCCACAUCAGUCAGCAGCGACAGGUGGAGCGGGAGCAAAAGCGGCAAAAGGCGAAGGCUGAGAAGAAGAAACCACAGAGCUUCACUUGGCCAACUGUUGUGACCGUCUUCGUUUUGGCCAUGGGCUGUGGAUUCUUUGCGGCGCGAUGAAACCGCAGGAGACGUGUUUAAGGGACGCGCUUUAGAUAUAUGCCGAUCUUUACAUAGAUAUAGCUAAACCGUAAUAAGUGCAACGAAUUUAUUGAACUGCAGGCCGCAAGCAGAAAGUCAUUAAUUCGUAAACGGAUUGUUAUAUACAUACACAGCCAACAUACAUAAGAUUAAGAAGGUUGACGGGACACAAGAACAAUAUAUUCUAUCUGUCUAUGGUAACUGCAUUUGUAUUUCUAAAUCGAAACGAAACGAAACAGUACUUUCCUCAAAGUGAACAAUUGAAACUGCUCAAAGUAAUGAAAACUCUUAGACUGGCAAGAGACUCAAAUCACACUUAUUUUUUUGCUGAUGCAUAUUUUUGUACAACUUUUGAGAGAUAUUUACAAAUUAUACAAGUACAAAAAAAAAGAGAAAGCAAAAGAUAAAACUGCCAACUUUUUGAGACACUUUUGAUAAUCUUUGAUUCGCAUUUAAUCAUUUCCACACUUGCAUUUUCGUUAACCACAAACAAAAUUAUUUAUAUUGUAGAGCAAGGUAAACUGCAAUUUCAAUGUCUUCGCAUUUGUAAUUCCGAAUUGCAAGCAAAACAAAAAUUAUAUUUUAAAUAUGUUUAACUAGUAGAAUUUUUUAAAUGUAAGUCCACAAAAAAAUCACACACCUAGCUUUAAUUGUUAAAAGAAAAUCAGAGAAAACGCAACAAAAAAAUGAAUGAAAAAUCAUUAAAUUAAUUUUGUAUAUAGUUUUAUGCCAUUUUUGUGAUGUUUUGUGUCUACGGUUUAUGUCAUGUUAUUUUAGUUAAAUUUCUUAUGAUUUAUGUUUAUUUGUAAUUUUUUUGUCAUUGUUUGUUCAUCAUCAUAUUCAAAUUGGUCUCACAAUAUAGUAGUCUUAAGAUCCACGCCCAGGAAGUUGAUGGCAAAACGAAUGAAACUUGGCCAAGAGAGAGAUGGUUUUCCCAUUCGUACACAGUCUUUUUUGGAAUGCACAUCAAUGAUCUCUCACAAUGGAAAUUAAUGAAAAUUGAUCUCCACAGCUAGCCAAAGUUAAAAAAGAAAUGAAGAGGAAAACAUACUUUAUAGGCAAUUUUCACUAUUUGCUUCGAAUUUCCAGGGCGUUUCAAUGCUAAUCGAAUACCGUGACAUGAAAGCAAACAUAGCGAAAAUAAUAAGAGAAAAUGAAUCAAAAAGAAAGAAAAAACAAUUCCCAAAAAUCGCAUUGAUCUCAUGGAUUUAUACAAUACAAAUACAUCAACCGUUUUUUACAAUGAGAAAUGUUAUAAAAAGCAGAAAGUGAAACAGAGAAACAGAAACAAAAAUUAAUGAAAAGGUUAGGCUUAAGUUCGCCAAGCGUUUUAGUUCUACGUUCUAGAAUGUUUAAGUCGGUUUAGUGAGUUUAUUGAGCUGUCUUCGGACACGAGUUUAUUUGUAUAUAAAGCAAUAUUAUUUGUGUAGCCUAAGUGACAGCCCCAAUCAAAUCCCCAGUCCCAAUCCAGACAAUUCCCAGCAUCGCAAUAGAACUUCUUCUCGUACACAUGUAUCAAUCUUAAUUUGAAUAACCACAAAACAGAAACACUACAUCCAUACCCAAUGAAAAAUUAUUUUUGUAAAUUUUUUGCAUCAAAUGAACCGAGAUGUCAGUUGGGGAAUUAUCCUGGCCGCUUCUUCGGUUUAUUGCUAAUUAGUUUUCACAAUGAUCUCGGUAAAGUUUUAUGGCCUUGCGCCCAGAAGUCGAUAAGAUUUCUGGUUUGCCGUAAAUACUCGAACAAAAAGUUAAAGAAAAACGAAGCAAGUGGAAAAAAAAUCAGAACGACACACAAAAAAUUUAUAUUUUUGACCCAAUGCGACUUAAUCCGUUUUUAAAUUUAAGUAUCUUUACUCGACCUUGUAAAUAGCGCAGUUGGAAUCAUAGAAUCAAAUGCCAUUUUUUGUAUAGAAUUUUGUUUGGUGCCAAAACAGUGACAGCUAAUUGUCUAUGAACACGUGUAUUUCGCAUAUUAUACAUUUAUACAUAUAUCGUAACUUCAAUCAUAAGUUUGAUUCUGCAAUUUUGUCAAUUCAGUUUAAGAAAACAUUUAUGUUUUAGUUUUAUGUUCGAACGCAGAACACAUUUGUUUACUUGUACAUUUUAUAUUAUGCUGUAAUAUUUUAAUAUACAUAAAUAUCAUUACUGAUCUCAUGAAUAUGUUCAUAAGACAACAAAAAUUAUAAAUAUGAUACAUCUAUGUGUAUGUGUGAAUGAAAAAAGCGCAUAAAUAUUAUGUAAGAUUUA